GGUGCGAUGUCAAACGGAACCCGGGCGCAACCGCCUUCCUCUUUCCUCGCGAGUCGGAUUCCGAUCGCUUCCCCCGGAUGAUGCAUCCCAAAGUAUGACGACAGUUGUUUGAAACGCACGACACGAUGACGACGAUCACCGACGCCGCGACUCGUCAGCCUCUCUUAUCUCUCUCCGCCACGCAUCCCGCCGGAAUGUCAGCCGCGACCGCAGCCGCGGCCUCGUCGCGGGCCCGAAGCUUCAUCGAGCUACCAGUGGAUCGGCGUUUUCCCACGGACCGCGUCGAUUCCGUACGUUGAGUCACGCUUAUUUUCACCCAGGUAUUGCGUCGUUUCGCGUGGCAGUGCUGGCUCGCAACGCUCGCCAGCGCGGACACCUCGACGCAACAUCGACGGAUAUUCAGCUCACAUAUACGUAUAGAAAGAGAUAUAUAUAUAUACGCACACUGUUAUGAUGCUCACACAGUAAUUGUCAACGAAGCGACACCGUUCCAACGAAGACGAGAGUCCGACUCGCACAACACUCCGUGGCAUGCUACUCGGUGAGAGACGGCACGGAUAGAGGAGGAGCUAUGGUGCGUGUGAUAACGGUGCACAACUUCCUGGGGCAGAAUGUCAGCCAGAUCGAGGAGCCGAUGGCGGUGUGCACGGCCGUCAGCCAGGGCCGCGAGAUGCUCCUGCUGGCGUUGUCCACGCACUGCGUGGAAGUAUGGGACUUGAUGAACUCGGACGUCAAGGUGCACACGGUGUUCCCCACGGUGGACAUGAUCAAUCAAAUGGCGCACUGCGUCAAGGGUGACUACGUCGUGACACUGGAAUCAAAAUAUCUCAGAGACAGCGCGAGCAAUAAUCAUGGGAACAGAGCGACUUCUAAUUUUGUAAGGAUUUACGUGAAUUGGGCGGUGGUGAAGGAUCAGAGCCAGGCGAUGCGAGCGAGGAUCGCGGGACGCGUCACCCCGAGUCUGAACCGGCCCCUGAACAGUCUGGAGAUGAUAGAGCUGCCGCUCAGCGUGCAGCCGACGUUGAUCGCGUGCUGCCAGAGCACCGGCAACCUGCUGGUCGCCUCGGGUAACAGCGCGAUUCUGCACGAGUUCAAGCUGGAGACGCAACACGUCUCGAGGAUGAAGUUCAUAGACUUCGAGUCCAGGCCGUGGUCCUUGGGCUUCACGUUCGCGCCCACGCACAUGGAGAUCGUGGAGGACUUCGUCGCCGUGAUGGACGCGACGAAUCUCUCGGUAUUCCGCCUCGCGAAUUCGAUGUACGAGGACAUCGACCAGCUGAGCUCGUUGGCCUCGACGAAUUCCUCCUCCGUCGACAAGACGUCCAUAUCCACGGACUCGUCGCUCGUGGAGAACAGCGGCAACAGCCUCGGGAACGACGACGCGGCCCAGCCCGCCGAUCAGUCCGAGAAUAACGACGCGCUGCCGAGCGCGCUCAAGUCCAAGGACAAGAAGCACAGAGGGCCGAACACCUGGUGCAGAUUGGAAACGGGCGAUCACAGCCGGGCGAGGCAGCCGAGUAGCAACAAGAAUUACAUCGACUGGGAGCACUUGGUGUGCAACGAGAAGGACGAGACGCAGAGGCUGAUCGCCCAGGGGAUCAUCGACUCGAAUUCCCAGUCGUUGACGGUGAGCUUGCCGUCGAUCAGUCUGGAGAGAGCCGGUCCGGGUCACGCGCUGAGCCCGUUCCUCCUGAAUUCACCGGACAUCCGGAUCUUCAUCAAGACCACCUCGCCCGACGUGGGCUGGUCCGAGAAUUACGCGAUCAAGACCCUGCUGUGUCUGAAGAUCAACGCCGGUGACAAGCUGGACGGCGGGUUCCUGGAGGUCUUCAGGUGCCUGCUGCUGAAGCCGUUGUACCUGAAGAAGGAGUGCAACACCGCCGGCAUGAAGAAGUCCAUGCUGCGGUCCAGCAGGUACAAGUACUUGCAGGGCGUCAGCUGCUUCGUCUGCACGACCCAGGAGGGCUACCUGUACCACUUCUCCGCGACGAGCAACAGCUCCCUGGACGCGACGUGUCUCACCACGUACCCGUUCACCGCGCCUGUCCACCACGUCGCGCUCGAGCAUACGAUGCUUCACGCCUUGACCGAGGCCGGCCUCGAGUCCUACACCCUGCGUCUGUCCCAUCACAUCGCGAAGCAGUCGAGCAGCACCGACGGAACGACGUGUCCCAGCCCGGGCGAGCCGGUGUGUCUGAUCGGCCUGAGACCGUUCCUCGGUAUACAGAAGCUGUUGCACACCAGAAGCCACCUGGUCCUGCUGGCGAAAGCUGACACCUCUUGGACCCUGUACUCCCUGAACCUACCCAGCCUCGAGAACGUCUACUUCGACAUCCUGAGCGCCGCGAAGAAUCACAGGUCCUCCAGCCCGAGCACCUAUCGGCACCUGUUGGGGGAGGCGCACGCCUUGAUACGCCUGGCGAAGGACGUCCGGCGCAACGACGAGGAGCCCGAGGACGCGACGCGCAAGAACGAUCUCAAGCUGAAGAAUCUCUACAACCAGUCGUGCGCGUUGCUCGCCGAUUACUACGUACGAUCGGAAACCGAGGCCGACUGGGAGCUGUGCAUCCCUUAUUACAGGAUGUCCGGGCUGAAGCCUGCGGAGGUGCUGUCCAGGAAGUGCAGCCAGGACGCGCCAGGGCUGCUGACCUUCCUGACCGACGCUCUUCUCACGAUGAAGAGCGGCUCCGAGGCGGACGCGCUCUUCCAGGGCUACAACAUCAUGGAGAUCAUCGGCAGGCUGGAGAAGGAGGAGCUGCUGAAGCUGAUCUUCGGCAGCGGCGUGUUGCGGGAGUACGCGACCGAGAAGCUGAUCAACGUGCUGCUGCUGACUCACGAGACCGACGACACCGUGAGGCUCGCCCUGGCGAUCCUCUACAUCCAGGCCGACAAGCAGAGGCAAGCGGAGAGGGCGCUGGACCCGGUCUCGGUGCGGUGCAUCAAGCGGAUCGUCCUCGACCGCUGGGAGUUGCUGUUCGACGUGACCGCGAUGAAGAAGAGGAGCCCCAUGAUCCCCACCUUCUCGGACUUCGCCGGCACGCUGAUGCUCAUGAAGAACACCACCUUCGCGGAGAUCCUGAUACAGAUCAUCGAGGACGAAGGUACGUUGUCCUUGCACCAGAUCAUACAGGUAUUCCUGGAGUACCUGCCGUCUCGGGUCGGCAGGGACGGGCACAACGCGGCCGCCACGUUGCAAGCCUUCCUCGAGAAGUACCUGCACAACUACUUCAGCUCGAAGUCCAUGACGGAUUGCGCGAUCCUGAAUAAGAAUCAGGUGCGCGCGGACUUCGCCCUCGUCGAGGCGUUCAAGCUGCUGGUGCGGUCUUAUCUGGGCAAGCUGACGCAGAGCAAGAUCUACAACAGCGAGUCGAAGGAGGAGCGAGAGAACGACAACGAGUACUUCAUGUUCGCCAAGUACCGGCCGAGCUACCUCAACAAGAUGCCGCCGUACGCGAAGGAUUAUCAGAAGAUCUUGAACAUGAACGACUUCAAGGACCUGGCGAACUUCAACAACGCGCCCGAGGGCGAGAGGCUCGUGCCCAAGGAGCUGUUCAAGCUGCAGUCCGUGCUGUCGUGCGAGUACCUGCCGGUCGAAUGCCUGCACGAGGUCAAGCAGUUCCUCGAGACGCAGAGUAUCGACGGCGGCUUGUCCCUCAAGACCUUGUGCGUCCGGAACACGGAGGAGGUCACGGCGAUGCUGAUGGAUAACUGCUCGCAGGCGGUGCUGCAGUACGCGAAGGACGAAUACACGAAGGACACCGAGUGGAAGUACCUCAUCGAGCUGACGCGAGACAAGAUCGCCGCGUCGACGACGCAGCAGGAACUGCAAUGGCUGUACACGCAGAUCAUGAAAGAGAUCCUGAAUUAUCUGCCGCACGUGUUGUCGAUGAAGAGUCUGCAUCGCGUCUUACCGAGGGACGACAUGGUAGCGUUUCAGAGAUGCACCGAAAUGUGCAGCCAGAUCAUGCACGCGGAUCAUGUGAAGUCGUUGAUCAUGGAGACCGGGCAGCAGCUGCUGACCACCCUGAAGUUGUGAAGAUAAGCUUCUUCUAUCAGAUAUCAAUCGAAUUAGCUAGUCUCUCUAGACCGGGGACGUACACCGCGUGUGUGAGUCCCGCGGUAUCGGUGUUUCUCUCUCCCAUCACCGGCAACACGGCGUAUUUACCUUGUGCACACUCGCGACUAACUGUUUCUAUGAACUCGCAGACAUAUGUUCCUGAUCCGAUUGCGAAGAGUAUCACAGGUGGGCCGACGGUUUGUCAACCGAUAGUCGUGCCGACGCACGCAUUUUUAACGAUAAUAGGAAGAUACUCGGCCUUUUUCCCAUCUCCUUCUCCCGGCCGCUUCCUUCCUUCCGCCGUCCUCCCUCGCGUGCGUUCUUUCACGUCUCUCUCUCUGAUUCUUCUCCUCUAAUCACGGGUCGUCGGGCGCCUUCGUCUUGCGCCGAUGGAGCAGCCGGAUGGAGCGGGCGUCGUUAGUAUCGAACACUAUCCGCUAACUCGCAACGAACACUAACUCGCGAGUAAUCGUGAUUAGUUGGUACUGAGGUCGCGAGGGACAGCACUAUUGUGUCCUGCCUUUUCGAGAGGAACGGCAGCUGUAAUCAGAAAAAUGAGGAAUUUCUGCCCUAAAACCAGAUCUGGUAGUGCUUGCGGCCACACGACAAAGGCAGUUCAAAGAGGGAUGCAAGUGCAGCAGUAGAGGAUCUGAUUCGAGCCGAGCAGGGUCGAAGAUAUGUUCACAAGCUCUCUGUACUCUUGCAUAUAGUCUUUUGCGAUCAAAAGCCAGAAUAUAGUCGUUAGAAUAAUACGAAUUGCGAUCUUAAAGGAUUAAUCCACUCAUAUCUGCACUUGCAUGUCGUGGCUGGAUCUGGGUUAAAGAUGUUUACUUAUUAUUUAUCUAAACUGUUAUUAACUGAGGUCGUAGAUUCCGCCACGAGAUAAACCAUGACUUUUUGUUAAUGUCUUCGUUUUUUCGCCAAGCACCGUUAAAACGUGAAUAUUAAUUGCGUCGCGAGUGCUCCAAAAUGCAAUGAAAUAGUGCAAUCAGCGUGGGACGACGCGGGACGGCGAUUUGACACUACAAACUUCUACGACGCAAUUCGUAGUUUUAUCGGUGAACCUGGUUGAGCGUGGAUGGACUUGGUCGGACGUCGAUGAAUUUUAACGUGGAAUGUUGAGCAUACAAUUUGAACGUUCACAAAGCGUCAUACUCAUAUAGUGCAUGCGUAGUUGUAAAUUCGAUUUCUAAGGGAUCGAUUUCUAAGGGAAAUAUAUUUUAAUCGGAGUUGAUAGAGUUACUUUUGAGAAGAAAGUUAUUUACGACGUGUUACUCGUUACAAUGCACAAAAGUAAUUUUUUAGCUUUGUCGUUACUCAAAAAGUAAGAAAUCGUUACAAUUUCCGUUACUUUUCAUUAAAUUUUAAAGACCUUUUUUAGAAUUCGUUUUGGCAGAAUGAUUUGAGUACUUUUUCUUAGAAAUAGCUUGAUACGCAGCCAACGUUCAAUGAGAGAACUUAUCGUCUGAAUUAAAAACUUAAAAGCUUAAGAACAAAUUUUUCCAUUAAACGUCGAUUACGCUUCAAAUCGAAAAAAAGUGUUCAAACCGUAAACGAGUGUAUUUCUAUGAGUAAUUCAAUAAAAUUUACUGUUGGGUAAAAAAGCGA